GGUGCUUGAUAAUUGAUACCUAUAAAAUUAAAACCUAGGCCUGGGGUGCUUCAGUUAGAGAGAAUUUGAAGAACAAGAAUGGAUUCUGCCAUAGCCCAGAAAACAUGGGAACUAGAAAACAAUAUACUUACCGUCGAGACACCUGACCCUUCAUCGGAUUCUAUAUUCUACUACGACGAGGCGGCUCAAGCCAAGUUCCAGCAAGAGAAGCCUUGGGCCAAUGAUCCUCACUACUUCAAGCGCGUUAAGAUCUCUGCGCUCGCUCUCCUUAAGAUGGUUGUCCACGCCCGAUCUGGUGGUACCAUAGAGGUGAUGGGGCUGAUGCAAGGCAAGACCGACGGCGAUGCUAUCAUUGUCAUGGACGCCUUUGCUUUGCCUGUUGAAGGCACUGAGACUAGGGUUAACGCUCAGGCGGAUGCCUAUGAGUAUAUGGUCGAUUAUUCCCAGACCAACAAGCAGGCUGGGCGAUUGGAAAAUGUUGUUGGAUGGUACCAUUCACAUCCCGGGUAUGGAUGCUGGCUGUCCGGUAUUGAUGUUUCAACCCAAAUGCUUAACCAGCAGUUCCAGGAGCCCUUCCUGGCGGUUGUAAUUGACCCAACAAGGACUGUUUCCGCUGGAAAAGUCGAGAUUGGAGCUUUCAGGACAUACCCUGAAGGAUAUAAGCCUCCUGAUGAUCCUAUCUCUGAAUAUCAGACCAUUCCUCUGAAUAAGAUUGAAGACUUUGGUGUGCACUGUAAACAGUAUUAUGCAUUGGACAUCACUUAUUUCAAGUCCUCACUUGAUUGUCACCUCCUGGAUCUGUUAUGGAAUAAGUACUGGGUAAACACCCUUUCUUCUUCACCUCUCUUGGGUAAUGGAGAUUAUGUUGCAGGACAAAUUUCAGAUUUAGCUGAAAAGCUGGAGCAAGCAGAGAACCAACUGGCUCACUCUCGCAUUGGCCCACUAGGACCCCCUCGAAAGAAGUUGCAGGAAGAAUCUCAGCUUGCUAAGAUUACUAGAGAUAGUGCAAAGAUAACUGUGGAGCAAGUCCAUGGUUUAAUGUCACAGGUCAUCAAAGACAUUCUUUUCAACUCUGUACGACAGUCGAGUAGGUCCCAGAACGAUCAGUCUGGUCCUGAGCCUAUGAUUGAAACCUAAUUCUAACAUCCUGCCAGAUGAAAUGGUUACCUUGAGCUUGAGAGACCAGUUUUUUACAAGAAGGAAAUAUAUAUUGGAUUCCAGGCUGCAUAGUUUUGUACCCUUCCUUGCACUACUGAUGUGAGGCUAUCCUGUUGGGAAGGGGUCUUAAUUUGUUUUGAACUAAGCUUUUUGCAUAUUCUUAGUUUAUGCAUGUAUUGUUGAAGAAAUAUUUGCAUGGAAUCCAAUCACAGUAGUUUAAAAUUGUUAAUUUCAAUUUUCCUAUGUAAGCUGGUUAUGGAGUGGAGUGAUAAAAUUUCCUUAA